UACGCAAGAUGAGAAGAGGGAUCUCUUCGGCUCCGGACAAAGUGAUUUUAGCGGGGGUCGGGGGCUCUCCUCUGGACAAUAAUAUAAUCUUAACUACUCUGUCGGAUCGUUUAAACCCUGGUCAACCUAACGCUACCUUCUUUCAAAUAAUUACCACCCCACCACCUUGCAACGUAACACAGACAUCAAAUGUGUGUUUAUCUGAACCUCAGAUAAACAACAUUUACACAACUCCGCAACAAGCUGCAGCAAACGGAGCAGGACAACGGCCCGCUCUCGGAAGACCGCCGGCAAAAAGGCGCUUGGCGCUUGAUGAUUCAGACCACCAGUACCAAUCAGAACCAACCAGGACACCAAGAGGCAGAGGAAGUGCUGGGGUGACCAAUGGGGCGAGGAUAAAGACACCUAGAACGCCAAAGUCUCCACCAGAGAAAACGCGGUACGACACUUCCCUGGGCCUGUUAACAAAGAAGUUUGUGGAACUCCUCGCUCAGUCUUCAGAUGGCGUUCUGGACCUCAAUCUUGCCGCUGAAACCUUGCAGGUACAGAAAAGGCGGCUGUAUGACAUCACCAAUGUGCUAGAAGGUAUUCACCUCAUCAAGAAGAAAUCAAAGAACAACAUUCAAUGGAUGGGCUGCAGUCUGUUGGAGGUAGAGGGAGCACUGAGCCAGAGACAGAUACUGACAGCAGAGGUUUCUGCACUGGGAGAAGAAGAGCACAGACUCGAACAACUCAUCCAGAAAUGCAGCCUGGACAUGAGGCAUGUGAGCGACUUGCAAAGCAACCAGAAAUAUGCCUAUGUAACAUACCAAGACAUCAAACAGCUGGGCAAUCUCAGAGAUCAGACUGUUAUUGUUGUGAAAGCGCCCACAGACACCAAACUUGAAGUACCAGACCCAGACGAGAGUUUAUCCAUCCACCUGACCAGCACCAAGGGUCCUAUAGAAGUCCUGCUGUGCCCUGAUGAUGAGAACGACUGCAAGAGUCCUGUAAAACACAGCAACAUGGACAUCAACGGGAACUCGCCUUUCCUCAAAGUCAUUCAAGACACUGGCUGCACAACCACUUCUCCCAGUCCCUCGCUGGCUCCACCUCCUCCUUCCGCCGCCGUCUCCGUCACUACUCUCUCCCCCCUCUCAUCCCCUUACACCAGUCUUCUACAGCAGACAGAGGAUCAGAUGCCUUCGGCUCUCGGACCGUUCUUAAACCUUGGCCCCCCUCUUCUGGACCAAGACGACUACCUUUUAGGUUUGGGAGACGACCAGGGAAUCAGCGACCUGUUUGACGCCUGUGACUUUGAUAAAAUGCCCUCUCUUGGCCUGGAUGAUCUCCUGUGCAGCUAGCAUUAGGUAAUAGAAACUUCAAAUUAUGAGCAUGGGAGAGAGAGAUGGGGAAAAAGUCUGGGUUUUGAUGCCUGUCACUGUAGAUGGUGGGCGCCAAUUCUUAAUAAAUGGAAAAGAAACAGAGGGCUUUUUCGGUCCCAGUGGGACUAAAAUCCAGGUUUUUUCAAGGUGUGCGAGAUAAACAGUUUUGCAUGACUUCACACCAAGACACCACUGGUCAGUGCUAACACGUAUCUAAUUGUCUUUGUCUCAGGCUACGUUAGGCCCCUGGUGUAGCUUGGGACAUCUUAAAGCCUUUGACGUCUGUGUUGGAAAGUAUCAAUGGUGAGGGGAAGGAUAUCCACCUGUUUGAGAGAUUAACUAAGAAGCAACUUAGAGGAAAACGACCCCACAACACCUGGCAUCACCUGGUUAUUUGGUAAAGUGAAAAUGCACCCGAGAUGCACAGAUAAGAUUCCCCAAAGCCCUCCGUAAAAUGGCAGGGUUUUUAUUGUUAGAAUCUGAGAGGAUCCUGUUGCAUUCUUAAGUAUUUUCAGCUGUCCAAGUGAGUUCAGUUGCCUAUCCUUCAACAUCUCCUAGGAAAUGAGAUGUGUUGAUGCUGACUGUUUUGGGGGCUGAAGGAUUCCUUUCUAUUUGCAUCUUUUCAAUCUGCACAUGACGGCUCUUUCAGCUGGCUGUUCGAUGGGCAUUCUGUGUGUCCAAAGUGUAGAGACAUUUAGAAAUCAGGAGUGUAAGAAGGAAACGGGUAAAUAUGGGUGCACACCAUUAUUUAAGACUACAAAUGAAAGGUAAGAAAGGAUGCGCCUCCACAAACACUUGUCAAGCUAGUCGUGCUAUCUGGCCUCAUGUUCAAAACAUUAGAAAAUAUUUUGUACAUUUAAGCACUGUUUAGACAUAUUGUGCAUCAUAGAAGUUCAAGUACUGUUUUAAGUGCACAUGAUGUAAUUAUCUAUUUUAAAGAACACAGUUUGGUAUGGUGUUUUAAAUGUACAAAACAUAGUUACCUUAUGGCUGGUAAUUAGUUUGAUCCCCGUGCACACAGUUUCUCUCUUUGCUGUAUCUUCUAUAUUUUUAAAGAGUGCAACAGGUUAAACUGUAAAGGGACCUGUUGUUAACCUAUUCACCUAUCAUUAUCAACCAGUUAUCUACUGGUUAAGUUUGCAAUUUCAUAUUAAUUACCCUUAAAAAAAUAAAAAGUUCAAUUAAUUUUUAAAAGCCCCAACAUAGAGAAAGUGCCAACAGCACAGAAAAAAAGUCAUUAUGCCUCUUACUUUAACUCUUACUGGAAAUAUUUAUCAAUACCUUGUGAAUUCAGGACCCACACUUUUUCUUGAUUUUCCCUGUCUAUUCAAUCUUCAUCGGCCAAUAGCUGCCAUCACCAGACUUCCCCUAAUGCCUCAACACUUUGAAGUGCUAUUCAUAAAAAAAAAAACUUUGAACCACUGAUGACUGCACCGACUGCUUGGUGUGCACUAAAAGAAGUAUAGGAGACAAGAUCAGAGCAUAUUUUUCUUUUUAAGGUUGACUAAACGUUGAAUUUUUAUAGAUUUUAAAAACUGUAGAACUAACGAUAGAUAUCACAGUCAUCCAAACAACAGGGGGCCCCAUGUUGGCAACUAAUUUAUACUUCAGCAUGUAAUGAAGGGCUUUUUUUCUUUUUCUAGGUAAUAAAAAAAAUGAAUUUAAAAAAAGGGUAAAAAAAGAAAAAUGUAUGUUUUCUGAAAAAAUCAGUGCAACCAAGCUAUGUUGCAUACAAUGCCUGUGAAAACUGUCAUCAACUCAGGCGACUGAGACAACUCAACUCGGUGUCUUAAUAGUGUUUGAUCAGGACAGGACAGCUAGAGAACCUGCAAACUAAGCUGUGGGGGGGUGUGAUAUCUUUCUCUAGGUUUAUCAAACAUCACUUCUUUUCACCUCUGAUAGCUUCUGUUCGAUUACAUCCCUGAUAACAAAACACAAACAUCUUGUAUGAAACCCUGGCUUUUAAACUAGAGACGCCUGCUCCUGCAGGUGGUAUUGCUGCUGUUAAUGUUGACCCCCACCCAGCUUGAUUGAUGUGCGCUUGAGUAAGUCCGUGUGCAGAGUGUGAGAGAUAUGUCAAAAGAUCCAGCUUGCUAAAGAGUAAGCCUGCCAUGUGUAAAUUGAUGUACAGUUUUCUAAAAAUUUUCAGUGCACAAGGUACUGUAGGCUACCUCCCACUAAAUGUUGGACAAUAGUUAUAGGGCAUAAAUGCCUUAGAGUGUGUGUGUGUGUGCGUUUGUGUGAAUCUCUGAAUUCCCUUUUGUCAUAGAAAAAAAAUUAAUCUUAUAUUAUUUCAAUGUGAUGUUGGAUUUUACAUCGCACUUUUCUUUACUGAUAUGUGCAAGAUUUCACUCAUGCCCUGAAGUAUAAAAGAGUUUGCCUUUGCUCUUCAAACAGUGUCAUGCAUCUUGAAUAAGAACAUUUUGGUUGCACAAUUGUUGGAAAGAGAAGUGUACAAAUUGAAUGCAAAUUUGUUUGUUUAUUCAACCUGUUUCAUAAGUUAUUUAGUUUUUUUCUUUUGUCAGUGUUAUUUGAUAAAAUACAGAGCAUUGCUUUGAUGCAAAAUUGAAAGACGCAUGCAGUCAAUAUUUCAUCGGCAUCUUAUCUGCUUAUUCCUGGUGUUUCUGGACAUGAGAUAUUUUUCGAUCUCUAAAAUCACAGCUGAACCAGGAUCAGUGACUGGACUCCUCUGCUGUUUUGUGUAGGAGGCUUUGCUUCUGUGACACUGUGUGUCCGUUUUAUGUUGAUUUAAGGGAGUCUGUUAAACUUUUUUUUUUUCUUCAUUUUUGGUUCCCUUGCUUUGAGAGUAUUCAAACAUAAUUUUGACUUUGCAACAAUCCAAGCCCAAUACAAUAACUGAAAUUCACCCAUUGACUUGAUUAAAGCUCACAUCAUAAGUAGAAAGAAUUGAAUUAUUUGGACAGAUAUUUUGUGACUCAAAGAACAAUUGUCCUAUUUAUACAAGUUUGCUUUAUGUGUAUUUAUCAAAGAUUUAAGCCUGAUAUAUUUUCCAUUUGGUUCACUUGCCACAGUUUGGUGGACUAACCUUUAAUAUUCGAUUUUCUGCCAUCCUAUCUCAAGCACUCAGAAUCUGGUCACAAAGUUUAUCCACUUUUACAUAAUGGAAACCAAAUGUUUUGAAAUAUUAUCCCUUAGAAGAGAAUUUAAUGAAAAUUCAACCAAUUCAAUCGCUAGCAACAUUACAUUCUGAAGAUGUUUUAAGAGUGACACUCAUGUUUGAUUCUUAAGUGGGAUUAGAAUUUACAGAAAGUUAUCACUAGGCUAAAUGUGAUAUUGAUGUAGUCUUCCUGCUCUUUUUCUAUGCUUAUUCUUAAGCUGUUACCAAAUACAAUGUACUGAUCUGUAAAGGUUGUGUAAAAGGUAAACUAUUUGGAAGGAGGGAAUUGAAAAACAAAUUAUGAUACUGCUGCCUGUUUCCACUGAGGACUGUACAAAAUUGCUGUUAUUAGACAUUACCCUCUUUUUUGGAGUUUGAAUACAUGAGUGAAAGUAUCAUUGUGCUGUUGAAUGUUUAAGGUGAACUAAUGUGAUGAAUUUUGAUGUGUGUUAUUCAGUUAUACAUUUUUCUUUAACAUCUGUUAAAUGAGGAAUUUUCUGUCGGGGGAGGGGUGGGUGGUCAAUGGAUCUGUUUUUGUACUAUGGGUGUUUGUAAUUGAAAUUUGAAUAAAGGCAAUAUAAAUAUA